AUGGUGCUGUUCAUGGAGAAAUCCCGCAGCGGCACCGUGCAUAUGAUGGAUCCUGUUUUCUUUCGUAGUGGGAAGCCUCACCCCUGUCGAGUCUUCUUCCCCCGCAUUCCCUCACCCCUUGGAAUACGACGAUGCGAGUGUUACAAGAAGACUUAUGCAUACUCGCAUAUAUGUUCCUUGUAUCUUUACACAAUUAUUGAUAAGUGGCCAGUGACACAAAUAUGCGACCCCGAAUGCGUUUCGACGAUGUGGCCUGGGAACAAGCCGAUGCCGAUCGGAUAUUUCAUGCUCGAUCAGAAUGGAUGCAAUGGGAACAAUUUCAACAUACUCGAGAAAGGCUCCUAUAACAUUUCGUUUCGAUUGAAAAACGAACAUGAAGCUACCAUUAUUCGCCUGUCGCAGCCCGGCGCUGCCUUUUUCCCAGAGGAGAAAGUCAUGAAUGAGGUUGCUACCAUGCGAUAUCUCGCGGACAAGACAUCAAUACCCAUACCAUUUAUCCAUCACUCGGGAACAAAGAAAGAGAGUCCACUCGAGUUGAGUCCAUUUAUUAUCAUGGAUUAUGUCGAACAUGAGACAAAUAUGCUCUCUCAGCAGAUCGAUGACUUCACCUGGGACGUAACACGUCGGCCUCUAUCCAUGAACAUGAACGAACUCGUCCGAGUCGGGAGCCUACCACAGACGAAACUUCCUGACAUACACACUACAUACACUACAGCUUCUUCGUAUCUCGAGGCUCUCGCAGAUCUCAAUCUUGAGCAUCUCAUCCAUCAAAGAAACGAUUCCGUGGACUCUGCAGACGACUGCCGACGAAGAUUUGUGGCGAGGCAGCUUUUUUGUAAACUUGCCAGGGACAAGCGACUCAACAAUCCUGCGCUCGACAAAGGGCCAUUCAAACAAUGGUGUGAUGAUUUACGCCCAGCUAACGUGCUUCUGCAUGGAGAUUUAAAACUUGCUGGCGUGGUCGAUUGGGAGUUCACAUACGCUGCACCCGCCGAGUUUUCUUAUGCGCCUCCUUGGUGGUUGCUCAUAGAGAAACCCGAGUACUGGUCAGAGGGUCUCGAAGAUUGGAUCAAAAAGUUCGACUUCCGACUGAAGACGUUCCUUAAGGUGAUGAAGGAACAUGAAGACAAUGCGAUAAAAAAGGAUCGAUUGAAGGAGAAUCAACGGCUGUCGAACCACAUGCGCGAGAGCUGGGAAAGUGGGGAUUUCUGGGUUAUAUAUGCAGUAACGCAUAGUUUUGCCUUCGAUGCAAUCUACUGGCAAAAGAUAGACCCACGAUUUUUUGGACCUACAGUGGACUACGAGGAAGCAUGGAGAGAUAGACUUGAUCUGCUAGAUGAACAGGAAAGGGAUAAGAUGGAAGAGUUAGUGUCACGGAAGUUGGAAGAAAUGGAAAGUAGAGUUUUGGCUUGGGACCCGGAUGAAUAUACGAUGGCCUUUCACCAACAUUUGAAGGAGCGGAAAGUGAAGGAAGAUGAGGGGGCAUGUGAGGGGGACUAG